AUGCGCAAGGCUCGCCCGCGUGCCAGAGUCGCUCCGCCUCCAACACAGCUGGUCAGCAAAGCUAAUCCGAGAAAGCGGAAGUUGCCUGAGAAAGAGCCUCAAACCCAACGUCUGACACGUGCCCAAGCUAAGAGGAGUCAAGCACAGGAGGCUGAGGAGCAAAAGCUGCCGGGAACUGGUAAUACUAUGCUCUUUCCACCUACACAAUUGGUCGAGCCGGCUUUAUCGUCGCGCAAGAAGCAAAAGACUGCCCAUGUCCAAGAAUCAGAUCAAGUCGCAGCCAACUCCAGCACAGCUACCCAGGUCACUCACAGAACACCAAACAACUUGAAACAGAGUUUUUCCCCAUGUCCAGGCAAGAACAUAGCCAUGGAGCCAACUCAGCUGGUCACAAGAAGUCCCGCCAAGUCGAAAAUACCCAAGGCCAUCAAAGCGCCUGUGAAGAAGAGAACUCCUUUGCCAGUUCGACCAGAUGCUGCGAGUCCACAGAAGCAGAAGUCGCUAAUUGUGAUCUUACGGAGCCCACAGAAAGCAACAGGUUUCGAGCGUAGCGAGAAUGAUGAUAUACAAAGAACCGCAGCAGACAGAGUCAAAGUGUCACCUCGCAAAGCGGCAGUCGCGCCACUGUCAAGAUUCAAGCCCAUUCCUAAGCCCUUGAGCGCACGAAACACGACAGGCCCAGCCAAGCCAGCUAUUGGCACAAGUAGAUCCAGUAAGAGACUCGUUGCCGCAAGAACGAAACCAGAUCUCUCGGAAUUCGACGAUUUCUAA